AUGGAACAAGUUUUCGAACAAAAAUUAAUGCAAGCUGCACAAGCUGUUGAAGAACAGGUUGAUGCUGAAUUACAUCGGCUAGAAAAACUCUCCGAAAAUGAUAUCGAAAAAAUGCGUGCGCAGAGACUCGAAGCAAUGAAACAAGAUCAUAAAAAGCGGCAAGAAUACAUAGCAAAUGGUCACGGCGAAUACGAAGAAGUUCCAACCGAAAAGGAAUUGUUCGACAUUACGAAGAAAAGUGAACGUAUUGUUUGUCAUUUCUAUCGUGAUUCAACCAUGCGAUGUAAGAUCGUUGAUAAACACUUAGAAAUACUCGCACGAAAACAUUUGGAAACUAAAUUUGUGAAAUUGAAUGUUGACCGAGCACCGUUCAUUACUGAACGCUUACACAUCAAAGUGUUACCUACCAUUGCAUUACUUAUCGAUAAUAUAGUCAAAGACAAAAUCAUUGGCUUUACUGAUUUAGGCAAUCAUGAUGAGUUUUCCACAGAAGUUCUCGAAUGGCGACUAGGUAAGGGUGGUGUUAUUGAAUACAAAGGUGACUUAACAUCGCCACCGGAUGAGAAUCAAAAGAAGAAAACAAUCAAUUUAUUGGGUAAAAAACCUAAGACAAUUCGAAAUGGAAACAACAACGGUGAUGACGAUGACGAUGACGAUGAUGACAACUGA